AGCAAAACAGAGUUGGUUUUUUUAUUUUUUAUGGAUCAAAACAAAAGUCAAAUACCUGCUUAAUAAAACUGCAAAGAUUGCUAAAUCUUUUGUGUUUUUCCCAAUUCAAACUCGAAAUCCAGGGUUUUAGUAUUUCAAUUCAAUCCACCCCCCACAAUUCUUCAUUAGAGUUUAGUUGGGGAUUAGGGUUUUUUGAAUUCAUUUCUUCUUCUUAUGGUAGGGUUCUUGAUUAUAUUGUUGCUUGCUUAGGUUUCUUUUUCCCCUGAAUGUUCUAUGCUGCGUUGUUUUAUAUACCUAAAUUCAAUUGUUUGUUGUUAAUUUGUUGUGUUUUUCUUUUAUAUUUGGUGGAAAAAGCAGAUUGGUUAACGGUAUUGUUGGCUUGGGGUGGUGGUGGUGGUGGUGGUGGUGAAUUCGUUCGCAUUGGAUGUUAUAAACUUGAAGCUGUAGAAAUGUUGGCUCUCAUUCGCUGUGGAUUUAAUAUCCCAAACUGUUUUUUUCAUUUGGCUGAAUGGCAUCCGCUCAAAUAACAAAGUAGAUUAUGGCUUGAAGCCCUCUAUUUCACGUUUCAUUCAGAUUCUGUAAUCGGUUGCUUUUUUUCUGCUUCAAGGUGAGGUUAUUCUAAUGUUUAGUGAGAACUGUCCAUUUGCUUGGGUAAUGGGCUGCUUUGGUUGUUUCGGCCAAGGUGGGAGCCCCAGACGAAAUCAGUCCCAAGAAUGUUUGUUAGAAGAAGAAAUACAAGAUUGUGUUCCUUCAUAUAAUGGUGAGGUCACUAACAUUGCCCUGGGAGAUCAAGGUGAGUUGCAAAGCCGAUUGAAACGACUUGAAGAGAUGUUGAAGUUCAAAGUGGAGAAUAGAUUGAUUUGCAGGCAAUUUCCUGUCAAGGAAACAAACAGGCUUUUCUACUCAGAGGAUGAAAAUGGGAAUAAGAUGGUCAACAACUAUGUGCGGGAACGUAAGAUUGCUUCUGGUAACUAUGGAAAAGUGGCUUUAUAUCAGAGCACUACAGAUGGAAAGCAUUAUGCCAUUAAGGCAUUCCAUAAGUCUCAUUUAUCAAGGGUGCGGGUUGCCCCUUCAGAGACUGCUAUGUCUGAUGUUCAUCGUGAGGUUCUAAUCAUGAAAUCAUUGGAGCAUCCUAAUAUAGUUAAUCUCUUUGAGGUGAUUGAUGACCCAAAUACCGAUCACUUCUACAUGGUUCUUGAAUAUGUUGAAGGAAAAUGGGUUUGUGAGGCUUUUGGUGACACACGAGGCAUUAGUGAAGAUACUGCCAGGAAGUAUUUGCGAGAUAUUGUCUCUGGGCUCAUGUAUCUCCAUGCUCAUAAUAUAAUCCAUGGGGAUAUAAAACCUGAUAAUCUACUGAUUACUAGUGCUGGUACAUUGAAGAUUGCAGAUUUUAGUGUCAGCCAGGUGGUUGAGGAUUGUGAUGAUGAGCUGCGCCGCUCACCUGGGACUCCUGUUUUCACUGCACCUGAGUGCUGUUCAGGUUCAACAUAUCAUGGAAAAGCUGCAGACACAUGGGCAGUAGGUGUUACUUUGUACUGUAUGAUAUUUGGAAAAUAUCCAUUUCUAGGUGAAACUAUACCAGAUACAUAUGACAAAAUUGUUAACAAACCAUUAAUUCUCCCAGAUGAUAUGAACCCAGAACUAAGGAACUUGCUGGAAGGACUUCUUUGCAAAGACCCAAGACAGAGGAUGACUUUGAAUGACAUUGCAGAGCAUACUUGGGUUAUUGGAGAAUAUGGGUCAAUCCCUCAGUACUUGUGCUGGUGCAAGCGAAAUACGUUGCAGGGAGAAGAAACUAGUGGGAGCUGCCAUACAUAAUAGGUGUAGACUAUAAAAUUCUCCCGUUUUCAGUAAUUUCAUGUACAGUGGAAAAGCUAGUGCAUUUGUUUAUCCGUUUUGGCUUCACAAAGAUUGAUCUUUGCAUUAUAGCAAAAUUUUCUGGAAUACAUCAGAUGUGCAAGAUGUAUUAAAUGCAAGAAGAGUUGGUACUAGCCAUAGAACUGGCAUGGUGGUGUUUCCCAAGUAUAUGUCAAAUGUGGUUAUGGUUUGUGAAAGCAGAUGUACUUAUAAUUUACAGUAUCGGAUAGUGCUUCAUGAUUUAAUGAGAAACAUUUGGAUGAAUUUGAACAUUUAUGGUAAUGAUUUUUACAAU